CAUUUUAGGCUACUAAAGACAUUGGCUAUUAAGUUAGUGAUGCUUCUUGUUUGACUUAGUUAGGACUUAGGAUGUCACCACAAAACUUUCCAAUUAGUCUCAUUUUUCCUAUGAGUGGGAGUAAUUUGUCAAAUUUUGAUAUUAUUUUAGUUAAAAUAAUAUAAUAUUAACGCUCUCACAACACUCUGAAUUUAUAAUUAUUUAUGAACAGACGCUCACACGCUCUCGCAGCCGCUCCCGUUCCACGAGUCGGUAAGCCAACGUAGAACCACUUCUUGGAGAGGCGGUUUGUUGUAGGGCAACCCAAUGAACCGCCUUCCCAGAUGGCGGUUUGUUAAAAACAUGUAAACCGCCACCUUAUCAUGCGGUUCAUAUGGGAAUGCGUUAGGGUGGUAACUAAAAUUUUAGUAGCCACCGUGGCUAGGGGUGUACAUGGGUCGGGUGGUCCGGGUUUAGGCAUUUUAAUCACCCGACCCAUGCACUACGGUUUGGGAAAUAUUAAACCCAAACCCACCUAAAAAAAUAUAAACCCUACGGUUUGUUUCUAAUUGGGUUGGGUCGGGUUGGCGAUAUUUUUAAGUAAAAACCCAACCCAACACAAAAUAUGUAAUUAUUCUACAUCAUAAAAAUAUUUUAUAAAAAAUUAAAAAUUCAAACGAAUAAACCGAGGUGAAAGGUAUCAAAAUUCACAAAUAUUGUUUGAAUUUUAAUAAAACUUGAUUUACUUCAACUUAUGUCUAGUUUUUUUCAUGCCAUUUGUUGAAAUAGGCUAAAAAGGUUACAAAUGAACGCAUCCAUAAUAUGAUAUUCUUUUAAAAUUGUACACAAGAAAAAAAAAUACGUGAAUCAUAGCUAUAUUAAAUAUAUGUCUAAACUUUAAGUCGAAGAAUGCAUUAGAUUAGUGAGACUUUAAUAGAAAAACAUGGCGAAAUAUCUUAAUUUUCUCAUAAGUAUGACUAUAUACGACAUAAAUAUUUUUUUGGAUACGAACUCAUACCAAUAAUUGGAACACGGGUUGGGUCGGGUUCUACGGGUUGUGUAAUCUAAAAUCCAAACCCAACCCAAAUGAGGCGGGUUGUACAAAAGAAAACCCUCACCCAACCCAAAACCUUCGAUUUAGCGACAAAUACGGGUGGGUUGGGUCGGGUUGGACGGGUGGGUCGGUUUGCGGGUGUGUUUGUUCACCCCUAACCGUGGCUACAUCAUUAUCUGCAGUCCAUUUUUAUUUUUUUUAUUUUUUAAUCUCAUGGUUAAGAUUACGUCAGGGUAAUUUUGGAAACGAAAAAGAGUCCACACUGGAUUAUUCUAUAUAUUCUACCCAAACCCUACUUCUACACUCCCCUCCCUCCAACCAAACACUACUUCAGACGGUUGUCGACUGCGGACUGCCCGCCCUCCAUCCCUCUCUCCUCCGACCACUUCCCUUCGCCAGCCAUCCCUCCCCCUCCCUCCCAAUCCCCUGUCUCUCUCUUCACAUAUGUUCUUCCUCCGCGGUAGAACCUCCCCACUAAUAUAUACCUAAAAUCCAAUCCCCUUCCCCCACCCCUCUCUCUCCUUCUAUUCUUCUUCAGCAAAAAUGACAAAUGGGAUAAAGAAUUUCUUUUUGCGGAAUUCGACUGAAAUAACAGAACAAUUGAUUUUUUAUUGGUAUGUACUUUCUCGCAUUGGUAGUAUUUUUUUCCCGUAACGGUAGUGUUUUUUUGCAUUGGUAUUGAAAAUGUGGGAUGAAUAAGAACUCUAGAUCUGAUUUUUUUCAUGAGACCAAAACCGCAUCUUAACCAUGCGGUUUCAGGUCUGACCUACAGAAACCGCAUGGCCGAGGUGCGAUUUUGGCAUGACCUAGCAAAACCGCACCUUGGAGAUGCGGUUUGUUUCUCCAAAACAAAACCGCAUCCCCAAUGUGCGGUUUUGCCAUACAAACCGCACCCCCAAGGUGCGGUUUUGCCAUACAAACCGCACCCCCAAGGUGCGGGUUUGGUCAAUUAUUUUUCGACAUGCCAUGCAAAAUAACAGACGUGGGAUAAUAUCAAGUUAACACGACAAAAAUGGACAAAGCCAAUUACAAGUUAAACGAAUUGGGAUAAUAUCAAGAUAAGAGGAAUAGUUCCAAGUACAUAGAAAUAAAAACAAAUUGAAACAACACUCAAUUAAAUAAACUAAGAUAAGGGAAAUAGUUCCAAGUACAUAUAAUUAAAAUUCAACUCAAAAUACAUCUCAAGGAAGUCCACGAGCUUCACCGGAAGUCCACGAGUUUCACCGGAAGCGACGGUUUUCUUGCUCCUUGUACGACGGCCGAUGGGAGUAACAACAGGUGGUUGCGGUGGCAAGUUUCGAAUGGCCGAGGUAGUGUGGCGCUCAUCGACUCUUCCGGGGUCGAGCGGGAGACAUCUGCGCUCAUACGGUGAGGAGUAGGAGGCCACGGCUGAUGAGGGAGAGUCAAUGGGUUGAAUUCGUGGGGCGCCGUCGUGGAGGAACCAUCAUGCCAAGUACCCGAUUGGGGGUAGACCGGGCGGGAAUCGUAGUAUGUUUGGCGGGGAGAUGGGGGAUAGACUAGGCGUGAAUCGUAGUAUGUUUGGCGGGGAGACGGGGGGUAGACCGGGCGGGAAUCGUAUGAUGGUUGGCGGGGAUUAGGGGUGUAAGUUUGACCCUUAAAACCCACUAACCCGCCCCACCCCGACCCUCAGGGUCGGGCUGGGUCAGUUUGUCUAUAGGGUCAAUUUAGGGUCGGGUCAGGGUCAGAUAGGGUCGGGUCACUUUUUGACCCUAUGACCCUUAGCAUCAUACAAACAUGUUGGACCUAUUUGUAAAAUUUUAUAAGUUUAGGUACUAAAUUGUAAAAAUUAAAAAUUUGGGUACCAAAACGUAAUUUUACCAUCAAAUUUUAGGGAGUUAUUUGUAAAAAAAUAAAAUUUAGGUACUAAAAUGUAAGAAAAAAUAAUUUCGGGUACCAAAUUGUAAUUUUUAGAAAAGUAGUCUAUUUAUUAGGGUCGACCCACUGAACCAACCCUUCCUGACCCGGCCCGACCCUAAAGGGUCAGACAGGGUCAUGAAAGAAACAUGGUCGGGGCAGGUCAGUUAUACAUCUUGACCCUUCAGGGGCGGGUCAGAUAGGGUCAGGGGAGGGUCAGGCCAAUUUUCAGCCCUAGCGGGGAUCGUUGUAUGAGAUCGAGUUAGGAUCAUAUGGGGAUUGAUGGAGACUCGGAGGGGAUUGAUGGUCGGUCGAGCGGGGAUCGUAGUAUGAGCUUGGGUGGGGAUCGUUGUGGUAGGAGGGGAGGUGCUCUUGGAAUGAACUCGGGCGGGGAGCUUGAGAGGAACUCGGGGCGGCACCAUGUGUCACAACCAAUGGGGCGGCACUUUCCACGCCUGAUAUGGCGUUACGUCUUGCACGUUGGGCCUUUCCCGAACCCUCUUGCUCUUUUUUCUCUCGUAUGGUGGUGGGGGAUCGGGGACAUCAACUUGUACCGGAGGUGGCGGGGGUGCGGGCAUGGGCGGAUAUCUACGAUGAUCCCGACCCUGAGCUCUGAUACAGCCAAGCAGACUGUUUGCCAUCCUCCUAAUGAAGCUCACAUCUUCAUUGCCCAGCUCAACUCUUCCGGUGGUCAUACCUUUGAUCCGCUCGAUCGCAUCAGCCUAAAUCACAAAAAAAAAUAUUAGAAAAAAAUUUAGGCGCCAAGUAAUAAAUUUAAUUGUUUAGAAGGAAUAUACUUAUGCACCAUCUGCCGCACCCUCCGGAGUCAUGUACCGAACCGAUGUUUGCCGACAUCGAUCCAAGUAUGGGUCAUGAUACUCCAUUCGACCCACUUGAGUUGGAGUGACAAUAUCCUGCAUUUGUCAGUUGUCCCACAUCGUGAUGAAUUUCGCCAACUUCGGGGCCAAUCGUGAGUACCUUGCCGACCAUCUCAGUGGUGAAAGACCGUUUGACUAUCGAGGACCUCAUAUAGAAUGCACUGCUCCCGACCAAACUGACGGAGGCAUCGAUUCGGCAAGUGCCACUCCACGGUUCCAAAACAAAUUAGAGGGACACUCGUGCACCAUUGCCCGAUAUGACCGGGGAAUUGCUAGAUAUGCCAUUGAACGAUGUUCUCCGGGUAUGAAUCGAAGACGAUCUACAAGAAAGAAAUGAGUAACUUAAGU